UGUAUUUGAUGAAAAAAUGAAAAAAGAAAGGAGGCGGCUCCUCAAGGCUCCAGACACUGUUUUUAAGGGCUGAGCAGAGAGAAAUCAGGGAAGGAAGAAAGGGCGGCGAUUGAAGAGAAGCAGAGGCCAGAGAUGGAGGAGAGCAACGGCGAAGUUGAAGUAGAGCGGAAGGAGAAGACGAAGCACAAGGGAAAGCACGACAAGCCAAAGCCAUGGGAUGACCCUUCCAUCGAUCACUGGAAAGUCGACAAGUUCGACCCUUCUUGGAACGAGGGCGGCAUGCUCGAAGUCAGCUCCUUCUCCACCCUCUUCCCUCAAUACAGAGAAAAAUACUUACAAGAAGCUUGGCCCACUGUGAGGGGUGCAUUGAAGGAAUUUGGUGUUAAAUCUGAGCUAAACCUGGUUGAGGGAUGUAUGACAGUGUCAACAACUAGAAAGACUAGGGACCCCUAUAUCAUUAUGAAGGCUAGGGAUCUCAUUAAACUUUUGUCAAGAAGUGUUCCUGCACCUCAGGCAAUCAAGAUACUGAAUGAUGAAAUGCAAUGCGAUAUCAUCAAGAUUGGAAGCCUUGUUCGGAAUAAGGAACGAUUUGUUAAGCGUAGGCAACAUCUUGUGGGCCCCAACUCUUCCACUCUAAAGGCACUUGAAAUUUUGACAGGAUGCUAUAUUCUUGUUCAGGGGAACACUGUUGCUGCUAUGGGUUCAUUUAAAGGUCUAAAACAAGUCCGAAGGGUGGUGGAAGACUGUAUACAGAAUAAAAUGCAUCCAGUAUAUCAUAUCAAGACCUUGAUGAUGAAGAGAGAACUUGCUAGUGAUCCAGCACUUGAAAAUGAGAACUGGGAUAGGUUUCUUCCAAAGUUUAAGAAGAAAAAUGUUAAACAAAAGAAAGUUAAGAGCAAGGAGAAGAAGCCAUAUACACCCUUCCCUCCUCCUCAGCCACCUAGCAAGGUUGACCUACAACUGGAAAGUGGUGAGUACUUCUUAAGUGAUCAAAAGAAGUUUGCGAAGAAGUGGCAACAGAAGCUGGAGAAGCAGGCAGAAAAAACAGCAGAGAACAAAAGAAAAAGAGAAGCUGCAUUUGUUCCUCCCAUGGAACCCAUGGUGCAGGAUCCAAGCAAAUCUGCUGAUGACAAGAAUGAUGUGGCUGCAAUGGCCAUGUCGUUAAAGGUAAUUGGGAUGAUGAAACCUAGAGUACGUUUGGGAGUGUUACUAUUUGGAGUACUUUUAGUUGAAGUGCUUCCUCUAGAACUGUUUUCAGAAGAAUCACCUAUCAAGUGCUUCUCCAUGGAACACCACAAGGGAUUUUCCAACUUUUUAAAGUAUUUUUAAAAUUUUGCCAAACGUUUGAUUUUUCUCCAAAAGUGUUUUUUAUACUAAAAAUGUUUUCUAAACCUUUGCAGAUGUAUUCUUGUUCUGUAUAACUGAAAUAUAUUGCCAAUAUGCUUAAAAAUUUUCUUGUUUCUUAACUUAAUUGCAUAUCCGGUGAUUGGUUGCAUUGCAGAAAAAGGCAAAGGAGUUUGGGAAGCAAAAAUCCCUUGAGAAUGUCAAUCCUGAAACAUACAUUGCGGCUUCAGGAGAAGCACCCUCGAAGAAGAAACGCAAGCACUCUAAGUCUUUGAUACAAUGAGUGGCCUCAAGAGUGAUAGUAUGGGAAGUAGGCUGAGCUUUUUUCCUUGGACCCCCACCCUAGGCUACUAAAUUGUGGCUGGGCCUCAACUUUAUGUUUCUGGAAUCUGCUGGAAAACUGUCUUAUACCCACAAAUUAAUGGGCUUUGGAAACUGUUGUUGUUAAUUUAUAGAAGUAGAAAGUUCAAAAUUUUUUAUAUAUGAAAUGGACUGGAAAAACAUUGGAGAAA